CCCGGGCUGGCUGGCGGUGCUUCCUGCCAGGGCCGGCCGGCCGCCACCGGCGCCCCGAACGCGCGGCCGAGGGGCGCUGGGGGCCGAUGGAGCCGGAGGGGGAGCGGGGACGGGAGCCUCAGCUGGCUGCGAGGACCAAAACGCUGCCCCGGGCCCUGCAGAAACCGAGCCCAGGAGAGGAGCAAGAAGGCCCCGUGGCAGGGAGAGACACGCGCCUGAGAGUGGUGGUGAGGGUCCGGCCACUGACCUGCACAGAGACGCGCCGAGGGGACCGGCGGGUUGUGCGCAGCCUCGGCGACAGCACCGUCCACGUGAGCGCGGCCAGGCACGAUGCCACCUUCGGCUUCAGCGCCGUGUUCGACUCCGGUGCCUCCCAGGAAGCCGUGUUCGAAGGCAGCGGGAUGAGACAACUCCUGGAGCUGGCGAUAGACGGCUUCGCCUGCACCGUCUUUGCCUUCGGACAGACUGGCUCGGGGAAGACCUACACCCUCAUGGGGCCUCUCGCGCAGAGUGAGGCCCAGCCGGCAGCUCCCUGUCUCCUGGGGUUGAUGCAAAGGUCCUUUGCGCAUCUCCUGGAGCAGAGCCGGGGCGCUGGCCUGGCUCUCAGUGCCUCCUACGUGGAGAUCUACAACGAGCAGGUCAGGGACCUGCUGAGCCCGGGGCCGCCUUGCACCCUGCCCCUGCGGUGGAGCAAAUCCAGGGGCUUCUACGUAGAGAACCAGCUCAGCGUGGACUUCGAGAGCCUGGAGGCCAUCGCCAACCUGCUCCUGGAAGGUUCCCGGAGGCGCCGGAGCUCUGCGCACGCCCUCAACAGGCACUCGAGCCGCAGCCACGCUCUUUUGACCGUCCACGUCUGCAGCCGGGCUGUGAGCGCGCAUCCCGCUCCAGGCCCCAGCACCCGCCCCAGCAAGCAGGGCACACUGUGCUUCGUGGACCUGGCCGGCAGCGAGCGGGUGAAGGACACGGGCUCCGCCGGGGAGCUCUCCGUGGAGGCCAACAACAUCAACCGCAGCCUGCUGGCCCUAGGACACUGCAUCUCUUUGUUGGCCAAACCGCGAGGGAAGUGGACGCACAUCCCCUACCGGGACAGCAAGCUCACCCGGCUGCUGGCCCGCUCCCUGGGCGGCACGGGGGUCACGCUGAUGGUCGCCUGCAUCUCCCCGUCCUCGCGCUGCCUCUCGGAGACGCUGAGCACGCUGCACUACGCCAGCCGGGCCCGGAGGGUCACCACCAGGCCCGUGGCUAACAGGGUGUCCCGGGAGAAGCUGCUGCAAACCUUGGAGGAAGAAAUCCAAGCGCUCCAGCUGGAAAACCUCUCCCUGCGCCAGCAGCUGGGUUUGCCCAGGCUGCCGGCAAGGGGCACAGAGGCCACCCCAGGGCUGCCCGUGAGGGCAGGGGCCGGGCCGGGCUGGGGAGGCAGGUCCAGCCGGGCAGGGCCACGUCAGUCCCCCCUUGCAGGGCAGCACUCUGCUGCGGUGGGUGAGGGCAGCGUGGCCAGGGCCCUGCAGAGAGCCCCAGCCUGGCCCAGCCUCUACGGCCUCCUGCGGGACUUCGUGGUGGAGAACGAACAGCUCAGGCACGGCGGGUCCCCAGCCCUCCCCGGCACAUGCAGGAGCCACAAGCUUAGAGCUGAGACUCAAGGAUCUGGUGGGGCAGCUCUGGGGGGCAGCUGGAGCCCCCCGGCCGUGCAGGACCCUGUGUCAGAGGACCUCUCCAAGGGAUGGGGAUGCCUGUGCCAGGGAGGCUCUGGCAGCGCGUGCAAGGGGCAGGAGGGCUCUUGCCAGGGUGUGCCUGGCCCCAUGCCAUGUGCUGCCCACGCCCAGAGCAGGAAUCCCACAGGGAACACUGGCACCUUGAUCCCAGGGGCUGGGCAGGGCUUGGAGGGCUGCCAGCGGCUGCCUGCCUCCUGCCCCGCGCCCUCGCUGCUCUCCAGGCCGCCCUGGCCAGCUCCGGACCUCCUCGGGGAUGUCCCGGCCAGCCCAUCCCACAGAGCCACUCACAGCUCCUGGAGCGCCCGUGCCCCCCGCGCCUCGCUGGGACCCCCCACGGCGCUCCUCCAGUCCAACGCGACACCCGCCUCCGGCUCCCGGGCCCCGCUGCGGAAACCGCCUCCUGCCUCCGGCUGCCCCUGCUGCCCAGGGUGCCCCCAGCGCUGCCCUGAGCCCGCCGGUGCCAUCACGUCCCAGGUGCUGCCGGGGCCCCCCAGGCUGCAGCCAGUCCCUGCCGAGGGAGGUGCCAGCGUCCUGCCACCCAGCCAGGAGGAUGCGGCUCUGCCCUGCUCCCGUCAGCUCCCCGGGCACCCCCAGCCACGCCAGGCGAAGCGCAGGAGCCAGCGCAGGACCAGGAGCUCAUCCCAGCAGCACCUGCUCCCAAGGGAAAGCCGGGACCAGAGGGGUCCGGAGCGCAGGACCAGUCCCGAGGGAAAGGUCAUCCCUUCGGCCCCUCCGUGGCCAGGGCUGCCAGAGCCAAGAGGCCACCAACCCUGCCUGCUCCUGGCGGGCAGCCGCCGGAGCUCUCCCCGUCCUGCAGUGGGAAGAGGCCCCGGACUGGCUGGCGGAGCAGAUCUGACCAGCCCCAGCCCAACUGGAGCGUCAGCCUCAGCUGCGGUGUGAACUGGGCCCAGCAGCUGGGCACAGCCCAUGCACGGUUGUAUCUGGGGGGACAACCAGGGUCCGUGGGGGCACUGGGACCUCUGACUGCAAGGACUGCAGAAACCACAGCUGCCUGGUGACACACAGACAGACAGACAGACGCGGCUCCCUGGCCUGCACUGCACUCACAGUUUAUUGGGGUCUAGCUAGGGGCUAUGCAGCAGGGCGGCUCCGGCCGGGCCCGUCUCAGGUGCUCUCCUCCCCCAGCUGUGGGCAGUCCAGCCAGUACUGGGCAAUGGAGCGCGGGUAGCGGGGCUGCACCAGGUCCACACGCUUGGUGCGCAGGUUGACGCGGUAGUACUUAUCUGGGGGAGAGGGCGGGCGGCCGUCAGCACUGCCCCGAGGCAGAGCCGCAAGGGAGCUGCCGGCCCAGGUUGCCCUCCCGCAGGAUCCCAGAGCUGGGCAGCUCCCCCUGCCCGGGCAGCUCCAGGGCGGCGAGGGCUCCCCGUCCCACAGCUCUCCCCUGCUGCCCAGAUCCCACAGCCCCAGACUCACCUCCUACAAAGAAGUAGACACUCUGCAGGGUGUCGCACUGGGAGCCCGAGAGCCAGUCGGUUUCGAUGCCCGCAGACUCGGAGUCAUUCUGCAGCCAGCCCCAGAAAUCCACGUUCAGCUUCCGAUGGCUCUUGUACCUCUUACGCUGGCGGCGAGACUUCCUCCUCCGGGGCUGCUGGGACGCCACGUAGAUCCUGCCGGCCAUGGCAGCGUCCAGCCGGCUGGGCACCCCCCGCCAGUCUCUGCUGAUGAACCGCGGGCCACUCGCCCCGACUGGCAAAGAGGCAGAGGCCGAGCGUGAGGAGCAGUAAUGCACAGGGUCCAGCAUCCACCUGAGCUGGGCUGAGACCAGCCCCACGGACAGCCCUCCGCUGCUCUGGAGACCCACAGCACAGAGCUGCUCCACAGGGUCCCCAGCCCGAAGGAGAGGCGUGAUGGGGCCAGGGGCUGGGCAGAGCCAGGAGCCCUGAUCUCGCCACCCGCCUUGGCUGGGAACAGCCCUGCCAGUGCUGAGCUCCCAUCUCCUCCUCUCCGCCUUUCAUUUCUCUUGCCCAGCCUUGGGGUUUUCCUAUGGCAACUCUGGCUCCAGUGGGAAUAAACAGUCCCCAGCA